AUGAGCGUGAGGAGGAGUGGAGGAAUGGAGAGCUCAGAGAGCAAGACGCAGGAGCCCGGCUGGAAGCCAGCUUUGUGGGGGGGCACACCGCAAUACGACUAUGUCUGCUUUGAGAAAUGCACCCCGUACGGGAUCCCCGUGGAGGCAGGACACGAGGCCGGGGCGACCGGGGACGACCUGCGCUCCCCGGAGAACUCCCUCAGCCACCCGCAGCUUUAUGGCCGAUACACAGACCGGAUAACAGAUAACAUUUCAGACAAGGAAGCAGCAAAACUACUGAAGAAACAGGCCCAAAGGAACAAUGGACAACCCCUGAAACGUGACAGUCAAGUACAGAUCAAAGAAGAGCACUAUUCCAAAUGUCAAGAUUGUGCUAAACGCAUCCAGAAAUAUGUUACCAAGAAGCUUGGAGAGGACUGGAUUUUCUUGGUUCUGUUGGGUCUGGUCAUGGCGUUGGUGAGCUGGGGAGUGGAUUAUGCCAGUGCAAAGACCGUACAGGCCUACAAGUGGAUCUACGGAGCGCUGCACCCCAAUGUCCCCCUGCAGUAUGCCGUGUGGGUGGUGGUCCCGCUUGGCCUCAUUCUGUUUGCGGCCAGUUUCUGCCACUUCGUCUCUCCACAGGCUGUCGGGUCUGGGAUCCCAGAGCUCAAGACCAUCAUGAGGGGAGUGGUCCUCAAGGAGUAUCUCACUCUCAAAGCUUUUGUGGCCAAAGUUGUGGCCCUCACAGCUGGGCUUGGAAGUGGCAUGCCUGUGGGGAAAGAGGGUCCUUUUGUGCAUAUUGCCAGUAUCUGUGCUGUGGUACUCAGCAAGUUCAUGUCGAUCUUUUGUGGGGUGUAUGAGCAGCCCUAUUAUUACACGGAUGUCCUGACUGUGGGGUGUGCUGUGGGUGUUGGCUGCUGCUUUGGGACACCACUUGGAGGGGUUCUUUUCAGCAUCGAGGUCACCUCCACUUACUUUGCUGUGCGCAAUUAUUGGAGAGGCUUCUUUGCAGCCACCUUUAGUGCCUUUGUGUUCCGAGUCCUGGCUGUCUGGAACAAGGAUGCAGUUACCAUCACAGCCCUGUUCAGAACAAACUUCCGUAUGGAUUUCCCCUUUGAUCUGCAAGAGCUGCCAGCCUUUGCUAUAAUAGGCAUAUGUUCUGGAUUCCUUGGAGCCUUUUUUGUUUAUCUCAAUCGCCAAGUGGUCCUGGGCAUCCGACGUCAUAAAGCCCUGAGCCAGUUUCUCACCAAAUACCGACUGAUAUACCCUGCAGUUAUAACCUUCUGUAUAGCAUCAGUGACCUUUCCUCAUGGAUUUGGGCAGUUCAUGGCAGGAGAGUUGAUGCCACGGGAAGCCAUCAGCACUCUCUUUGAUAACUAUACCUGGAUCAAACACUCUGGGGACACCCAGAUCCUAGGGAAAUCUGCUGCCUGGAUCCAUCCUAAAGUCAGUGUCUUUGUCACCAUCCUGCUCUUCUUCCUCGUAAAGUUCUGCAUGGCUGUCAUUGCCACCACGAUGCCAAUCCCCUGUGGAGGCUUCAUGCCUGUUUUUGUAUUAGGUGCUGCAUUUGGACGUCUCAUUGGGGAAAUCAUGGCAUCGCUUUUUCCCAAUGGGAUCCUCUUUGACGACAUUCUCUACCAAAUCUUACCUGGAGGAUAUGCUGUCAUUGGUGCAGCAGCUUUGACAGGAGCGGUGAGCCACACUGUCUCCACUGCUGUCAUCUGCUUCGAGCUGACGGGUCAGAUCUCUCACAUCCUGCCCAUGAUGGUGGCUGUCAUUCUUGCCAACAUGGUAGCCCAGAGUUUGCAGCCCAGCCUCUAUGACAGUAUCAUCCAGGUGAAGAAGUUGCCCUACCUGCCAGACCUGGGCUGGAAUCACAUAAGCAAAUACAAUAUCUUUGUUGAGGAUAUUAUGGUCCAAGAUGUGAAAUUUGUGUCCUCCAACUGUAAAUACCGAGACUUGCAAGAGGUACUCCAAAGCACCACAGUGAAAUCUCUGCCUUUGGUGGACUCGCCAGAGUCCAUGAUCCUGCUGGGCUCUGUGGAGCGGUCGGAACUGCAGGCUCUCCUCCAGACACACAUCAGCCCCGAGCGGCGACGGCUCCUCAACAGAGAAAUGCAGCAGAAGCUGAAUGAGGCACCCUACGAUGGACCCUGGGCAAACCUGCCAAAGCUGAAGCACGACUCUUUUGCUUAUGUCGAUGAGGAUGAGGAUACAGAGGAGAAGGGAGAGCUGCCUCGUCCUCCAAGUCCCACUCCCAGUUACCCAGAGGAGCCAAAUGGCCCAACAAGUCCUCUUAAACAAAUGCCUGAAACCUUGGAGCCCCAGCAGCACUCAGGCAGUUUCAGGAGUCUGAGGAAACUGAUCCAGCAGCUCUUGUGCCAUUGCAGCCGUCCACAUGAAACAGAGAGCACCAUCCAGGAGCCAGUGGAAGUCAUUGAGACAAUGACACCAGAAGAGAUAGAUGCUUGGGAACAGGAGGAGCUGAACAAGAACGUGUGCUUUGACAGCUGCCGCGUCGAUCCCUCCCCUUUCCAACUGGUGGAGAGAACCUCCCUGCACAAGACACACACGUUGUUCUCACUGCUGGGCCUCAGCCAUGCCUACGUAACCAGCAUGGGGAAGCUGAGGGGAGUGCUGGCUUUGGAAGAGCUCCAGAAGGCAAUAGAGGGUUCCACCCGCUCUGGGGUUCGCCUCCGACCACCCCUUGCCAGUUUCCGUGACAUCAACCGGACUUCCACCGCCACCAAGGUGGGGCAGGGUGCUCAGGCGUGGAGCCGAGAGGACAACGGCACGGUGGCAGCAGAGCCAGCAGCAAACCUGGGCACUGAGAGCCCCCUGCCCCCCUGCUCACACUCCCCCCAGCCCUCCCACUCUCAGGAAGAGGGGGAAGUCCCCAGCUCCGCUUAUGCCACGGAUACUGAGUUGGAAGAGAUGGAGCUGACAGGGCGAGUUGCUGAAAACAUCUCAGACAUCCUCAAGGACAUAAACCUGCGUACCACUGACCUGGAUGAAGAUGACGAUGAGGAUGAGGAUGUUCCCUUAUAGCUGGUGUGAGUGCAGCAGUCCACCACACUCUUCAGUGAGCCAGUCUUCUUGUGUUUCCUCCUCAAAGAGAAGCUUUUGGAUGUUCUUCGCAAUCCUCACAGAGGAAUGAUUCUCUGUGCAGACUAUUAGGCUGCUGGACUAUCCGGGCGUGUGCAGGUGUCAGAUGUGGACUGCGAGGGGCUGGAGUGCAGGCAGAGCACACUGCAACAGGACAUGGAUACUGCUGCACAGUCACGAUUCUCUGGGUCAAUCUGCCAUGUGGAAAGUGGAGGAGGAUCAGCUCUCACUUGCCACUGGUGCCAUCCUUCCAGUCACACCAGGUCUGCACGCAGCAGCGUAACACAGCCAGACCUCCAGGCUGGAAGCAUCCCGCUGCUUCUGACUGCCACCCUGUCCGUGUUGCUGCAGCUCCUUUUCACUGGCUCUUAUCUUGCACCCCCCCCAAACAUUCCCACAUAGAACAUUUUUAUUCUUUCUCAAUUUUUAGUCUGGGAUUUUCCUGGAUGGGGAUGCAGUUAGGAGCUUCUCCUCUGUCCUACAGCUGAGCCAUGCCCUAAAAACAGAUGGGAGGAAAGUAUUUGGUAUGUGUCUCAUAUUGAAUUCAGCCAAGGCUUUAGAAAACACUAGAAGGGAGAAAACCUUAUUUGUUUUCCUAUCAUCUCUGAAAUUUUAAAACAGAAUGGGAAAAUCUUAAGUGAGGGCAUCCUCAGUACUGGGGGAAGAGGAGUAAAACAGCAUGUAUGUACCUAUAUUUCAAAUAACUGUUUGUCUCUCUGAAUCACUGUUCACAAUUUUCCACAGCUAUAGUCUUAAAAUAUAAGAACUCAAGAAAAAAAAAAAAUUAUUAUGGAGUGUUAGCAGGCUGCCAAGAAAUACAGCAGAGGGAAGACACAUUUUCUACACCUUGAAAACAGGUUUCUUUCUGAAAACUCCUGCUCUCUUUUCCUGGUAAUUCUACCCUGCCUAUUUUCCACAUAUUUCUGCAUACCUCAGAUCUGAGAAUUCCAGCUCUCACUUUUGCCAGCUUCUCUCUGUUGUGACUAACAGCAGAGACCUCAACCCUUGUCUGCAGCAUCCCUCUCUAUUCCAGUUCUAAAUCUGGAGCAGAUCUGCAUCUUGCAAAAAGACAUCUUGUCAGUUCGUGUCAUGCAUGCAAAACCUUGGCAUCCAAAGGUAAGAUGCUGCUUUGUUUAAUUCACUGCUCUUGUGAGGUUUUCUCAGUAAACAGGCAAAACCAAA